CGAGAAGGAGGGAUUUUGGGACACAGCCCGCGGUUAGUCUUUGCGUUCGGUCCUGACUGGGGACUCGUUUUCGCCUCCGCGCGGUGAUUGGGUGGAAGAUGGCGCUGGCCGAAUGGAAAUCCUAAUGACAGUUUCCAAAUUUGUCUCUUUUUGUACCAUGGGCGCCAAUGCCUCUGCUUUGGAGAAAGAAAUUGGCUCGGAGCAGUUCCCUGUCAAUGAGCACUACUUCGGACUGGUUAACUUCGGGAACACCUGCUACUGCAACUCGGUGCUCCAGGCUCUGUAUUUCUGCCGGCCGUUUCGGGAGAAGAUCCUGGCCUACAGGAGUCAGCCACGGCGCAAAGAGAACCUGCUCACCUGCCUGGCCGACUUGUUCCACAGCAUCGCCAACCAGAAGAGGAAGGUCGGAGUCAUCCCUCCAAAGAAGUUUAUCACACGGCUGCGCAAAGAGAACGAGCUCUUUGAUAACUACAUGCAGCAGGAUGCACACGAGUUCCUCAACUACCUGCUGAACACUAUAGCCGACCUGCUGCAGGAGGAGAAGAAGCAGGACAAGCAGAAUGGCAAACUGGCCAACGGCACACUCGAUUCACAGAAGAGCAACAGCACUCCUCCGUCCACCACAUGGGUACACGAGAUCUUCCAGGGCACGCUGACCAACGAGACGCGCUGCCUCACCUGCGAGACGAUAAGCAGCAAGGAUGAGGACUUCUUGGAUUUGUCUGUGGACGUUGAGCAGAACACUUCGAUCACACACUGCCUCAGGGGCUUCAGCAAUACAGAGACCCUGUGUAGUGAAUAUAAAUACUACUGUGAGGAAUGUAGGAGUAAACAGGAGGCACACAAAAGGAUGAGGGUGAAGAAGCUGCCCAUGAUUUUAGCCCUGCACCUGAAGAGAUUUAAAUACAUGGAGCAGCUCCAGCGCUACACUAAGCUAAGCUACCGCGUGGUCUUCCCUUUGGAGCUCCGCCUCUUCAACACAUCCGGAGACGCGACCAAUCCCGAAAGGCUUUACGACCUCGUCGCCGUGGUAGUGCAUUGUGGGAGUGGGCCCAACCGUGGACACUACAUCGCUAUCGUCAAGAGUCACGACUUCUGGCUGCUUUUCGAUGAUGACAUCGUAGAGAAAAUCGACGCCCAGGCGAUCGAGGAGUUCUACGGACUUACCUCGGAAAUCUCCAAGAACUCCGAGUCGGGCUACAUUCUGUUCUACCAGUCCAGAGACUGAGAAUGUUCAGCACAGUGGCCCCUCGCGGAACCCUGCGGAACGUGCCGGCCUGCGUUUCCGAGUCCUGCUGCGUUCCCACCCCGAGCAGGCUGGAUCAGAUCACGCUGAACCUCACACCCUCCCCUCCCCACCCCGACCCUUGACCCCAGCAUCCCCCCCUCCGUUUGCGGCAGUCCGGAAUGUGACGCAAUUACAGCAUUGUGUGUACGUCGUGAGAAUGUUUAAUCGCACUGGCUGAAAUGUGUUAAAUGUCCCCGGCUCUGUGAUACCGACAGUCCUGACAUGCUGCAACCUUUAUAAGCCUGGGUUUCUGACCAAAGGCUUGUGCAUGGGAAAACAGGGGGCGUGUCCUGAACAGAGGGGAGGGGCUAUCAACUGAACAUACGGGGCUAUUUGUGGGUUUGUGUAUUUCUACCUUGUACAUAGUGGUAUUUGUAUAAAUAUUAUGAAAUUAUAAUAAUAUUAAUUACUGAUAUAGGUGAAAAAAGAUUGAAACAUUGAAAAUAUGUAUAACACUAUGGUGCACUUUUGAUACAGUUUUGUAGGUGUUUGGCAGGUUUGUGUGAGGGUUUGCUUGAGACGGCCUGUUGUGAAAUAAUUUUCUGUUUUAAAGAAAAAGAAAUAAAGUGUAUAGAUCGAGAUGUAGAUGAAGAUCAAUGUGAGCGUUUUAUUGGAUUCCAUUUAACCCGGUGAGAUCAGUCCUAACGAAAAAAAUGUCAAAUUUACACUAUUAGUAAAACGUCGGGUGUCGGACGUCGGCUUCUUUGGUUUUGCACUGAAGCUACUGUGUUCUUGUUGCUAAUGAUAAUGAUGAGGUCACGAAUUCGCUUAACCCGUCUGUGAAUACGAACAAAACGUCACUGUGGCUGGGACGUGGUAAUAAAGCAGCCGUCUUAUUUUACAUUUUUUAUUUGAUUAUUUUUUUAGUGAAGUUUGGUAUCACUCCGCCUCCUAAAAAAAAAAGAGUCCAGGAGGUUACGCCUAAUAAUAAUAAUAAUAAUAAUAAUAAUAAUAUAGUUCUUCUUUGAGCUUGUAGAAAUAUCUAUGAGAAAGAUUUAAGGUAUCACUCGAGUGCAAAACACCAAAGACAAAAUAAAGAAAGAGUAGACAUUACUGUGUUUCAUGGCUGUCCCUUCAUUAUCACUAAAACACAGAAAUGAAAUCAGUAUCUUCCUUUCUCAGUGUGUAAAUGUCUAGAUGGCUUUUGAAACUUGUUUUAAUGUUUGUCGUUCACGUACAUUACGUUUUGAAAAAGACUGUCCAUUUAUUUGUAUCUUGUCCUUCGGGGAGCUACAGUGCAAAACUAAAGAACUUCAGACACCAAACAUGUCAAAGCUGAUUUACUGCAUUUGGAAUAAAAAUGUUUGAAAAUGUGCAAAAAAAA